AUAACCUGCAAAGCUUCGAAUUGUAAUAACCAAAGUCAAAGGACGAAUUUUGUUGGGCUGAGAAGAGAAGAAGCCACUCACGCCAUAGUCUAAAAUCGGAAACUUCGAAUAGAAAUGGAUGGUUGCGGAUUUGUGAGAAUAUUUCGAUCAUAAUGCAAAACAUUAAUGAAAAAUAUCCUGCCUAAUCGAGAGGAGAAAACCGUUUAAAUUAAUUAGUAACUUUUAUUUAAAAACAGAAUCGAUAAUUUAUAUUUUCAAAUAUUUCCAGCAUUGGCCACAAACCCUACAAAAAUAAAAUAAAAAAUAAACCGAAUACAGCACUUAAAAAAAAAAUUGUUACGUGAAAAUCAUAGAUAUCAACGACGGCUUCACAAGAAACCCUAAGAACCAGGGACACAGAUAAAGAGUUUGUUAUUCUAUUUCUCAGAUUAUUUUACAUCUUUUUUCUGACGUUUGCGGAAAAAAAGAAAGAGAGAAAAGAUGGGAGAUGGUGUGACUCCUCCGCUUCUGAUCACAGAAAGGAACACAACAACGAUCCGUGUGAAGGAAGAAGUGAAGAAACAGCUAUGGCUUUCUGCCCCUCUCAUUGGUGUAAGCCUCCUUCAAUACUCUCUCCAAGUCAUCUCUGUCAUGUUCGUUGGCCAUCUCGGUUCUCUUCCUCUCUCCGCAGCCUCCAUAGCCACCUCCUUUGCCUCCGUCACCGGUUUCACAUUCCUCUUGGGAACAGCGAGUGCAUUGGAGACACUAUGUGGCCAAGCGUACGGAGCAAAGCUGUACGGGAAACUAGGCAUUCAGAUGCAAAGAGCAAUGUUUGUUCUUCUGCUACUCUCUAUUCCUCUCUCGAUCAUUUGGUUUAACACAGAACACAUUCUCGUACUCGUACACCAAGACAAGUCCAUCUCAAGUGUUGCUGGCUCUUACGCAAGAUACAUGAUCCCGAGUCUCUUCGCCUACGGACUACUUCAAUGCAUCAACAGGUUCUUGCAAGCGCAGAACAAUGUGUUCCCUGUGUUUGUCUGCUCUGGAAUCACCACUUGUCUUCACUUGCUUCUUUGUUGGUUGUUUGUGUUGAAGACUGGUUUAGGAUACAGAGGAGCUGCUCUUGCCAUCUCGGUCUCUUACUGGUUUAAUGUUAUUCUCCUCUCGUGCUAUGUCAAGUUCUCGUCUUCUUGCUCCCAUAGCUGGACCGGGUUUUCAAAGGAGGCUUUUCAUGAGAUUUAUGAUUUUUCUAAAAUUGCUUUUCCUUCAGCAGUUAUGGUUUGUUUGGAGUUGUGGUCAUUCGAGCUUCUGGUUCUGGCCUCAGGGCUUCUUCCUAAUCCGGUUGUAGAAACUUCCGUUCUUUCAAUCUGUCUAAAUACUUCACUAACAAUCUGGCAAAUCUCAGUUGGUCUUGGUGGUGCAGCGAGCAUACGAGUCUCCAACGAGUUAGGAGCAGGAAAUCCAGAAGUGGCAAAACUGGCUGUAUAUGUCAUUGUAGGCAUAGCAGUUGCCCAAGGUAUCGUGGUGGUAACGGUUUUGUUGUCGGUUCGAAAGGUCCUAGGCCGAGCUUUUAGCAGUGACCCGAAAAUCAUCUCUUAUGCUGCAUCGAUGAUACCUAUUGUCGCAUGUGGAAACUUCCUUGAUGGUCUCCAAUGCGUUCUCUCAGGGGUUGCUAGAGGAUGUGGAUGGCAGAAAAUUGGAGCGUGUGUAAAUCUUGGUUCAUAUUAUCUCGUUGGAGUUCCGUUAGGGCUAUUACUUGGUUUCCAUUUCCACAUCGGUGGUCGGGGGCUUUGGCUUGGAAUUGUUACAGCUCUAGCUGUUCAAGUGUUGUGUCUUUCCUUGGUCACUAUAUUCACAAACUGGGAUAAAGAGGCAAAGAAAGCUACAAAAAGAGUUGGAUCUUCGGAUGACCAAGAUGAUAAUGUCGAACAAUCAAUUCCAAAAUGAAGAAGAGCAAUGGAUUAGCAAAUCAGCAUAACGUUUAACGUUAAUAAUGAAUAAUGAGUGUUCGAUUCUUCUAGAGUUCUUUACGAGACACUAGUCCAUAUAUGCUAAUAUUAAUUCAGGGGCCAAGCCAAUAAUACCCAAAUGACAAUUCCCUUGAGGUUAUACGACCAAAAUUUUCGUAGGCCCAUGUUUGAACGAUGGAAUAUUUAGCAUGAGCUAUCCGAAAAAGUAAAAAGAAACUCUUUGUGCUUAACAUUUGUGUAUUUUUAUGUAUUUUAACCAGAAACAUAAAAUAAAUUGGUUUUGGAAUUGCAUGGUCAUGUAUUUGUUUGCAAGUGUUUUCCUUGUACUAAUAUGACAACAUUUUACCAAACUCAACCCUAUUCACACGGUGGGUAAAAAAGUUCAAAAUAAGUUAAAACGUCGCCACGUCGGCAUGAAUUGUGAUAGAGACCAGACUCUUUGUGACUUGUGAGGUAAUAAUACGACAAGGUCCUUCGUCCUUGUAAUAAAUCUAGCCAUAGAUUCUCAUGUAGGGUAAUACUCUCCUGUUUUGGCGCCCACAUCAUCUGACAUGAUCUUGACCGCACAUAAAUAAAACUGUUUCAGUAUCUCGUGUUUUUACUUGGAAUUGUAUGAGGGUUAACGAUUACGUUUAGACAACGAGAACACCUUUGUUGGCUUUGUACAGUUUUAAACAAAUUGGUAGGCCUACUACAAUUUCAAAGUUAGGUCUUCAAAAUGUAGUGGACUAGUGGUUGGAAAGAACAAUAAUUUAUGGUAAAAUGAUAAAUCUUGAAAGAAGAGAGGAGCACAAAAGCCAAGAGGGACGCAUGUGACGCGUAGGGGAUCUAUAAACAAUUGACAUUUCUGAAGGAGUAUUUCUAUGGUAAUGGUUUAUGUAUGCUGUGGUGUGGAAUUUAUUUUCUUGCUUGUAUGUAAUUAGGUUUAUGUAAAUGUGUCUGUAAUAUGCGAAGAUCCAAAUUUAUUUUUCAACAAUGCAAUUGCUUUCUAUUUGUGAUUUUAAAUUCCUUGUUCAAUAUUACUACUUAACUGUUGCGAAAACAAUUUCUUCCCGUAUCAGAUCAGAUAUUUGGGUA